CCGAGCACAGCAGUGGCGUUAAACGCGGCCGCUAGUGUACAUCAGCACGCACCAAUCGGCGUUCACAUAGCUUUCAGACCGUAGCGUCGGGUAGCGUCGAAAGCAGCGCCGCAGAAGCCGCCUCUGCCGCCGCAGACGCCGCGGUGCGCAAAGAAGGCACAAGCGGCAGGCGUCGGCGCGGCGCUAUACCUCGUAGACGCGCCGUAAAAAGACGCGCCGUCGCUCCAGCGGUCCCGUAAAGAAGCAUGGGCGUCGACCUCGAGGAACUCAGACACGCCGUCGAUAACAAUGAGCCGGCGGCCGAGGUCCUCGAACUCACAAGAAGACAGCACUGGUGCGCGCCCGAGGCGCGGUUCCUCGCCGGAAGGGCCCUCGCGGCGGGCCAUUUGCUAAGGGCUCUUGAUGAUGACGUCGCGGAAAUGGACAAGGAAAAUGACGACCCCGCUUUGGUAAAUGCGACGCGGAAGCGCGACGCCGCUUUAUCAGCGUUCGAGGCGACGGCGCAGAAGGCUGUGACGGUGGAGACAGAAGUUAGAAGGCCUUCGGUCGCCGAGUGGCACGCGCGGCGGAGGAAAGCUAUUUUGGAAAAACAUCCCGAGAUUGCCGAGUUAUUCAAGCCGUCCUGGGCCUCGUUCAUUGCUUGUGUUGGGUUGGUCUUGCUCCAAGCGUUCGUGGCACUCUUCUUGGUUCAUUCUAUGUCAUCGGCCUUCGUGUAUGCCGCGACGAUCGGAGCGACGGCGGCCUUCGGGUCCCAGGCCCUGAACCACGAGCUCAGUCACGAUCGAAGGACGUCCCUCGCGGCGCCUUGUGCUUUGCUCGCUUCGGCGACGACGACGUUCCCCUGGUUCAGCUACUACUUCGCGGGAGGACAUGAAAGACACCACCUGCACGUGGGCACGCCUAGAGAUGCCGACGCCGACGCGCUGUUCUGGUUGUGGGAAAGGCAGCCCGUCCACGAGGCCGAUAUAUACGGCAUCAAGAAACCGACGCCGUCGCCCAAGUGGCUGUGGCUCGAUUCAAUCGUAGGUGGGAUAUUGUGGGCGUCGACCGUAGCUUUAUUAUUACCCAUCGCCUACGCCUACGCUUUAUUGAGAUGUCUGGUGCGAGACUGGGCGGCGAACUGGCGCGAGACGUUGUUUUGGCUGUCCGAGUCCUUCGCUUCUUAUUUGGUAAUGAGGACACUCACCUCGUACUCAAAUCAUGGCUUCGAGGUCGUCUUGUACUUAGCGUUAUCAUCGGCGUUCAGUGUGGGCUUCCUCUGCCACCCGUGCAUCGGCUUCUGGCUCAUGCAGCACGCUUGUGCUACCGACUUGGACAACGAGUCGAGGAUAAAGCCGGCACUCUCAAAACCGUUAGUAGGUAGAACGAACACGCCGUCUUUAGGAAGAUUGCAACCCACGCUCAGCUACUGCGGCUCGAAGCUCUGGCACUGGCUCACGUUCCAAGAAUUGAGACAUUUGGAGCACCACGACUUCCCCUGGGUGCCCUGGGUGCGCCUCCCCGAGUUGGAGCGGAUCGCGCCCGAGUUCUAUUCACCGAACCACGUCUACCACGUGCCCUCUAUCAGAAGACUGUGCGGCGCGUGGCUCGGCGCGACGGACGAGAAGUUCGACUUUGCAUGUAGGAAGCGGCUCGUGGGCCGCGCGCGGGCACGCGCGGCGGCGUCGACGGCGCGCUACGACGCGCCUGUUACAACCAGGACGGGGCGCGGCGGCGUGCGGUAUAUGUAAUCUUACUCUUAUUUUGCG